AUGCGUCACUCCAUGAAAUUCGCGGCACUUGUUGCGUCAAAGGUGGACCUGAGGGUGGAGAUUCCGUCACGAAGCGAAGACUUUCACCACCUUGACUCCGAGCUCAUGGUGCGCUCGAAACGAUUCUCGCUCUUGUCGUUCUCAAACUUGCCGGGGACAUGGAGGUAGUACUGGUUGCCGACAGUGUCUACGAAGUACGGCAAAGGGACUAUCGGAGUGGGAGUGCAAAUUCAGUAAAGAUCUUUCGGCAGAACCUCCUCGACCGUUGGAUUACCACGUUCCGAUGUCGUUGUACCAAGAGCUCACCCAACAUUUCAGCAUUUGCAAGGGUUUUAUGUUGUUGCUUGGAUAUCAUGGUAUUUGUGUGAAGGAAGCUCUGAUUUUUUUCUUGUUCGGUGGUGUAUGGGUUCUGGUGUUAAAGAUGCAAACCAUCUCAUCCGUGCGGUACAGCCCUGGCGCCCCUCAAUGUCCCGCUUUGGAGAGUUCGGACGAGCUGGCCAACAACAACAGCGGCCAGAUCGCCUAACCAUGAAGCGCUUCCACACCCGUGCCCGCUGUUCCCUCUCGCUUCUGUUCUCGGCGCCGACUUGCGUUUUAUUCGUAAAAGCUGACAAGAAUGUCUCUUGGUAAUCGUGACCCUAUUGUUUUUGUGUGCCGGUCAGGUGAUUUACCGACGACCGCAGGACCACGGCAGGAGUGAGGGUGCGUCAUGGAGACCGUAGAGUACCCACAAGUUUUGUUAUUCACGUCGUGUUAACCCUCCUUUACCGUAGGAGGAGAAGCUUAAAUUUGAGGGACUGUAGAAGUGCAGGAGAACGAACGCACAGGGGUGCGAUCGAUUUUGAAGGACCGAUUGCUCCUGGAGCCAAGAGCCUGACAAUGCCGAAAAUAUGGGAGUUUUUUCUUUUAUUUUUGUCGUCGAUAGUUUUUCUUGCACGCGUUGGUCGGGUUUUGCACCCUGGAACGAUCGAUCUACCUACAAGAAUCGAACUCACUCUUGUGCGUUUGCCCGCACCGCUGUUGCGGCAACAAGUUAUACGCAAAGGAAAUGUUUUCGGUCAUCGCCGGCAAGAAUACGGUACGGGCGAUCGUGCUGGGCCGUCGGCGAGUCGCUCCAAUUUUGUUUUUCAUGCAGUAGUCUAAAUAUUUAGACUAGUCUAUGCUUGCUGGUAUUUUAAAGUUGUGUUUACACUGUUUUACUGACUGUUUCGCUUGUUGUUAGGAGAGACAGAGAGAGGUGAUGCUCGUGCGUGUACAGCAGUAUAGUCUAAUAGUUGUGGUGUAGACAUGUCCUGAAGUGGGUGCACUUCCAUCGCAGAAGCAUAUCAAGAGCACAUCGUCGUGUUCAGAUUGUAGUGCAGGGGCGUUUGGGUAUUAUUUUAUGUCACGGUAAGCUGGGCAGCGGCUCAAAGUGCGGAACCCUUGAGGAAUCCGGUAGUCUACAGUAGUAUUUGGCAAGGCUGGUCCGGGUAGUCGUCAGGACAAAGUUGGGCCUGUCGUUCGGGACCUUGAUU